UCAUUUCUCAGAGAUUUCGAAGUUGGUAACGAAAUGGAACCAAAUUCUUUGGCAUAUUAUCGAGCGCAAGCCACAUUUGAGCCCAAGCAGCUAAAAAAAGUGUUGGAAAAAUAUUGCACUAUAGCAUUGCUGGAAAGAACACCGCAAAUCGAAAAAAGGUAUUCAUUAAAUUUAUCCAAACUUACAUCACUGCAGGAGCGUAUUACUGAAAUGUUGCGGAAUGACCCCACAUUUGCCAGAGAUUGGAACUCGUUGAGCCCAACAGACUAUAAGAAGAUGAACCACAAAAGAUGGAAAAAACUUGUUGAAUAUGAGCUUAUCGAGAAUAACUGUGUUCAAAAGAGUAAUUCUCUUCUUCAGUUUAUCAAAGCCAUGAAGCAAGUCAAAGAUCUUAUGGAAAUCCUAGACACCUAUGACCAAGGUUUGUCCAACAGAUUCUUCCAAUCAGCAGGCGUGUUCUGCCUGGCCAUCCUAACGAUGGGUACAGAACGUCACCAUGAACUCAUGCGAAAAUGUAUCGAGAAUGAAAUUGUGGGUUGUUUCUGCCUUACAGAACUCGGUCAUGGAUCAAACACAAAAGAUAUUGAAACGAACUGCCGUUUUGAAAACGGACAUUUUGUAAUGCAUACGCCGAACAUAAACGCUAUCAAAUGCUGGGCAGGAAACUUAAGUUAUUCGGCAACACACGCCUUGGUAUAUGCACAACUAUAUAUCGAUGGAGACUGUAAAGGUUUGCACGCUUUUUGCUUGCAAAUCCGUGACCUCGAUACUAUGGAACCACUUCCGGGCAUCACCAUUGGCGAUAUGGGAGAAAAAGCGGGUGAAUGGAACGCAGUCGAAAAUGGAUGGAUAAAAUUCAAUCGCCAUGUAUUUCCAUUAACUGCCCUACUGAACAGAGCAGCCGACGUUUCUAAAGAGGGAGAGUUUAUUCAAAAUAUCAAAAACAGUCAAGAAUUGCGCUUCAAAACUAUGGGCACAAUUUCGUUUGGUAGGAUAACUCUAGUUGGCAAAGCGGCUCUCAUGAUGCAACUCUCCGCUGUUAUCGCAAUUCGCUACUCAGCUACACGAAAACAUUUCGUUGCAACAGACAGAAUAGGUAUGCUUGUACAUUUUAAGCUGAACUUAAAGAUGCAGAUUAGAAUAUGUGUUUGA